UCUGCUUAUGUUGUGGUUGACACGCGAUGAGAGCUUCUGCUGCUGACAACACCGACAAGGCUGGAGGUUUCCACAACACAUGGUUGAAUUCAUGAGGGCUUACGGACUUUUAGGCAGCUCCAAAGUGAAUAAAAACCCAGAAUAGAGCCACGCGGAACACUUCAACUCAAAGGCUGAUCAGUCAACCAAGAAUGGACUUGAAACUGGUGUUCAUGAGAACACACAGCCUGAGGUGACGUUCUUUGACCCAAAUCACCUUCGUUUACCAGCCCUUGUUGACACAAUGUUUGAUAAUUGCUCCUCCUGUCCGUGUCCAGGUGGUCUCCCAGAUCCCCAAGGUUGGACCCUGGGUGUGCUUCCCUCCAUCCUCAUAGCGCUCCUCUCCUUAAUCAUCCUGGUGCUCACACUGCUGGGGGCUGCAUGUCUCAAAAAACAGCGUUCUUUGGUCCGGACCAUCCGAGAGCUGAGGGGAAACAGGUUUUUGAGGGAUACUGCUCUUCAGCUUGAACCCCCCAUCGUGCCUGUGAUGCCGGUCAUGGCUGAAGUAGAGGAAGAUCAGGAACCUACUCCCCAAACCCUCCUACAGCAGGGAAACACAGUGAAGUGCUCCAAGAAGCUGUGGAAAGGCCUGCAGCAGGAACCUCGUUUUACCAAGUCAGACCUGAACCUGCUGCAGCUGAUCAAAGCAGGGAAGGAGGGCGUCUUCUACCAGGCCAGGAUGACCAGAGGGACGUGUAAGGGCCACAGCAUGUUCACCUGCAAGAUCAGCAAGGAAGGUGUCCGUUCCAAGCACGUGGACACAGAGGUUUCCAUCAUGAGGAAACUGGUGCACCACAAGAACAUCCUCCAGUUACUGGACUGGAACACCAGUGAGGAGCCUUUUAUCCUGAUCAUGGAAUAUGUAAGCUACGGCACUCUGAGGACCUUCCUGCAGACCAACAGAGUCCACCUGAGUGCAGACCCUGAACUGCAGAGCCUCCUUACCAUCGCCUCCUACCACAUCGCUCUGGCUAUGCAGCACCUGCGCUCUAAAAUGAUAGUGCACUGUGACUUGGCUUUGAGGAACAUCAUGGUCAAUAGGUUUCCUUGGGAGGUGAAAGUGGCAGAGUUCGGCCUGGCACGAGACUUAACACGCAUGACGAGCCGCCACAGCAGCCGCUGGAGAAACCCACGACAGCGUGUACCGCUGCGCUGGUACCCACCUGAGUACUUCAAGAACAACUACUACAGCUUCAAGGGAGACGUGUGGGCAUUUGGCAUUGUGCUGUGGGAGAUGCAGACAUUUGGCACACUGCCAUAUCCAGACCUGGAGACCUCAGAAGCAGUGGUGUACCACAUCUGUAUUGGUCACAAGAAUACAAACCCUGAUGGCUGCAGACCUGAGAUGCUUCAUAUCAUACAGGACUGUUGGCGGGAGCCGUACGCUCUGAGACCGUCUUUCACUGACGUUGUCCACAUGCUGGAAACCAUCAUUGAAAAUGAUGCGGAUUAUGUGGAUGUCGAGAGUCCACGGAUUUUGGUGAAAGACGAGGCUGAAUAUCAUGAAGCUAGAUGUCUGCGAGCAGCCAGCGUCUCUAUGGAUGACAAUUCAAAUACAAUUUAAAUGAACGUACCGAACCAUCAGAUCAAGCAAUAUUCAAGUUUUACUUUUAUGUUUUACUUAACUUUUGUUGUCUUUAUUAUUAUUAUAUGUGUUAA